AUGGUUUCUUUCCAAUGCGAGGGAUGCGGCGAUGUUUUGACCAAGAAGAAACUCGACUCGCAUCGCAACCAUUGUCGGGGCGCCGUCUUUACCUGCAUUGACUGCAUGACCACAUUCCCAGGAACGCAAUACAGAACACAUACAUCAUGUAUGACAGAAGAUCAGAAAUACCAGGGCGCUUUAUAUCGCGAGAAGCCCUCCAAGGCUGCGAAGAGAAAAUCGGUCUCGAUCGUUGAGCCGGAAGACACCAAGGCCCUCGUUCCACGGAAAGCCUACGUCGAGGACGUUCCAGAUACAGAUGCUCCACCCCAUGCUCCUACGCCGCCUCCUGCUGUGCCCGACUCCAAUCGCGACAGUGUUUUUGAUUACAUGGUCGACGGGAGCGCCCCCGGGACGCCACAGAUCAGGUUUUCCAAGAAGGAAAGGGAAGAGAUGGCCAUGAAACAGACUGCACCAUCCAUCUUCACUGGCAGCAGGCCAUCAAGCCAGCAUGGCUAUCGAAAUGCAGAAGAGAAAGCCAACAGUAAAGAAUAUGAACAGAAUGGUUAUACUUGGGGUGCGGAGCCCGUGAAGCCUCGAGGCGCGUUAGACAUGAACAAUAGUUCAUUAUCGCUGGAGUUCAUGACCCCGGCUGCGAAAGAAACAAAAUCGAGGCUCGACAAGACGGCGAGGCCGCAGGUGCAUAGCCGAACCAACAGCGGAAGUGAGAAGAAACGGAAACGACCAACGGAUGAUCAUGCACACGAGGGAGAUAACCUGCUGGUCGACACCGUCAAGGCGGACACCCCGGGGAUCGUCCACUCUGGACUUACGGGCGGCAUCAGCCGCAUGAUGUCGCAAGACGAGGAGUUCCCUUUCCGACAAUCUCCAGAUACCGAGGAUAGACGCCAACUCAAUGGAAAAGACCGAUCCUCUCGCCGGAGUCACAAACCCGAAGAUCCCACGUCGCCUCUGAAGCGUACUCGUCAUACCAAAGACGAUCCCAACGGUCUGGGCAUCUCUAUCAAAGGCCACGCGGUCAAGGCGCUGUCUAUGGUAGGAGGAGCUUUGCUUCCCGGAUCCCAGACCGACAGUCAGCAAAGUCGGACACGGAGGAGAGCGAGCUCUUCCGAGCACGGCCAGAGUGUUGUUGGCGUUCGUGAGGGCGAGAAACGUGAGAGGAAGAAACACAAAGUCCACCGUCAUAACGGUACAGCGUCAUCCAACGUCCGCCAUGAGCACCGGUCGCGUCGCCGUACGUAUAGCGACGGCUCCCCUUCUCAAGGUGAAGGCACGACGCGAAAGGUCAAGGCGAUCGAGUACCACCAGCAAGGAGAGUCCGGGUCCGAGUCCGACUCCGAUCCUGCUCACCGCCAUAGCAACGGUGGUGGAAGACGCAAAGGUCCUAAUGGGACCAUGGUCGUUUUCGGCGCCGAGGAGAAGGCGAAGCGCGCGUGUCGCAGUUUCCUCGCCAAUGCGCCGGGGCUGGAGUCUGACAAGGGUUACUCCAUUCACAAGAUGCUGAAGCGUUGGCACAAGCAGAACGACGUCAGGAGUUCGACACACAAAGCAGAAGAGGAAGAGGAACUGUGGAGGAGUCUGAGGGUGAGGAGGAACGAGCGAGGCGAAUAUGUUGUCAUCUUUUGA